UCAGAAGAAGGCUAUUGUCGAACAAACUGCUAUACCACUAAAAGGUUAUUUGGUAACAGAAUUUAUUAUAUUACAUUUUAGAUGUAUCGGACAGAUAGUAAUAUCUGACAGCUAUUGCAUCAAUAGAUACUGCCCAUUCGGGUGCUGGGUCUGUGCCCUACGCACGGCCAGGGGAUAUAAAUCAUCUCAAUGCUUCUUAACCUACUAGUUUACCCAUCCUUCGUCGCGCAUACCCAUACUAUAUUACUAAGAGCAGAAGAAAUGGCCAAAACGAACCAGGGCAACUAACAAGUUCAUUAGUUAACCUAUAUACUCCAGUCAUAUACAUACGCCGAAACCCCCAAGUUAACAUGACUAUCAAUGCAUUCCAUUUAUUCCCUUUUCUCCCUCCGGAAAUCCGACACGAAGUGUUCCUCUUAGCUACACCGCGCCGCAUCGUCCAUGUUUCACAACUGCAUGAAGACAUAGAUGACUUCCUCGAGCGGUUCAACGAAUUAGUUCCAGGGCAGGUUAAACUACACCCAUCCUUAACCUAUUCUGCUCGGAACUGGCGCGAACGAAUCUUGUCGUAUAAAGAUAUUCGGUCGCAGAGGAAAUUGGAGUUUUACGGGUUUACAACCUCGCGCCCAGCACAACAUCCAUGGGAACCCUCUCAGUUAACCCCCGAGAUUCCUGUUCAUUGGUUACUCGAACAUCCCGACGUAGCAUAUGAGCUCCUCCGGAAGAGCUAUAUCUAUAGCAAAGCACCUAUUCCAGCGCUGCUCCAUACGUGCGUAGAAUCGCGACGCGUGUUAAUCAGUGCUGGAUACCAGCUUGCAUUCGCGUCUCGUAACCACGGACCAUGGACUUGGUUCAACUUCAAGAACGAUGUGUUAUGUCUCAAAUAUGAUGGAAUAACCAGAUACGGUCUAUUAGAUAAUGGCCCAUGGGGCACUGGAAAUUUUGAUCCUCAGAGCUUACAACAAGUUCGAAACCUAGCGAUAGAUGCUGCACCCCCCCUUUUAACCUCAGGCCAUGAAUAUAACCCGGAAGAUAGCGCUUUGAGUACAAUUCGAUUACUACCUAAGCUUGAAAAGAUAUAUGUCAUUGAAUGGGACUUAUUACACUUCGACAUUCACUUCGUCCGGAAAUCGGCAAGGUCAUCAACGCCAAACUCCCCAGAUGCGGAUACAGAACGAGACACAGUUUCAUAUGGGCGCGAAGCCUGGCGAUUUAUUCCCAUUGAAGAAAUUGACGCAUUGUUCUCAUUGACCGUUCAGUACCCUUACCGGUCCUCCUGGAUCGGCUCUAUGGGCUACGGUGCAUGGCGCUUGGCGAAUUUCAACGGACCUACUGGCGAAUACUUCUCCUACGUAAGAGAGUACACCAAGAACUGUAUCAGGGUUGAUAUGGAGAGUGUGGCGAAGGGAGAAUCCGUAGCCCCCUAUCAGGUACCCGAGGUUGAAUUUGGGCAUAUCUGUACGGAAGCCGUGGCUAGACAGCUAUUUGACGAUCGUCAGGAAGUGUGGAGGCAGUACAAGUUGUUAAUCAAUGGAAAAGAGCCUCCUCGGCCCAGGCCGAUGACACCAACUGAUUUACGUUGGCAAGACGAUUGGGAAGCGUUUAACGAAGCUCACUGUUCUUACGAGCUAGAAACGCAUUCCGCAGGGUAUUUGCUGAAGAAUUGGAAAGUUCACCAGCCAAGAAGAGAACUGUUAUUGGAGCCAUGAAUGCCAGCCACGUCCACUUGGUAAGGAGAAAGCCAUGCCUCGUAGUUAUAUUGAGCGCCUUUGGAUGAACAGCACCUACUCUUAGGUAACCUGGAUAUUACAUUGCUACGGAGCAAAAUUGUACUUGAAUGCCAUAUUGCUUAGAUACCACUAAACAAAUCACCCGGAUGGGGACAUCGUAAUGGGUUCGAAAAGGGGGUAAUCAUUAAGAUACUAAUUAAUAAUUUUUACAUCAUCUUGCAAUUAAUCUUAUAGAAAUUUUCG